UUCGUGUAAUCCAAGAACUCAAAAAUGCUUUUGCUUUCGUCAAAAGGUUCAACUAGCCAUGAAGAUGACUUGGUUUUGGAGAAUUCAUCAGCAUCUGUUGUCGCAAGCAAUUGCGAUCUUUUAAAACAGAUUUUGUUGUGUGUGCCGAUGAAACCUUUGAUGCUAUUCAAGUUCUAUGCCGUUCCAGACAUCAUUUCCCAAAGAAUCCACGUUUGUGAUAACGGAACACUCGUGCAAUGGUCUUAUCUGCUGCAGCCUGCAGUAGCGGCAGUACAGAAGACAGAGAUAGCAGAAUUUUCUAUAUAUUCAACCCAACCACAAUUCUCUAUGGAGAAAAAGGAAGAUGAGCAAGCAAAUAAGAUAACUUUUAGGAGCGUCCCAGAAUCUAGAGGUCUAUUUAUUGACCAGUGUUUGGCACAAGCUACUGAGUAUGGAUUUUCUGGAACUUCUUUGAAGCAAACUUCGUGGGGAAAUUUGUGCAAGUUCUUUUCUGAGAAGUAUGACUGUACCAUCACACAAAAAAAGUUGAGAAACCACUGGGAUUACUUGCGAACCCAAUAUGUCACUUGGUCCCGUCUCUUAGCAAGAACCGACCAUGGGUAUAACGCGGAGACGAACACAUUUGAUUGGAGCGAAGAGCAAUGGAUUAAAUUAGACAAGACAAUCAAAAACGCUAGUCAAUUCAAGAACAAGGGGCUGGAAGAUGCAGAGAAGUUGCAGAAUUUAUUUGAUGGGAAAUUCUCCACUGGAGCUAAUAGAGAUACGCCUGGAAGAGUGGAACCGCCUUGUUCAGCUGGAACUUCUACAACUGCAGGGGUUUCAAAUAAUGGAUCUGAAUCUCGUACAAGUCAUGGAAAAGAAAAAAAAUCAUGAGGAUGACAACGAGGUUGAUUCCAGUCUCAAUGCAAAGGGGAGUGGCAGGAAAAGGAAGAAGGAAAUGGAGGAAGAAUCAAGUGAUCUAUUAACUGAGAAAGUUUGUUCUAUUGUAACAUCGAUGGAGACUCAUCUUCAACAUAAGAAACUUGCUCUAGAAAAGGAUAGCGCAGACGAAUUCAUGAAAGCUUUGGAUAAUUUACUUGAAACUGAUUGCAUCACAAUGGAUGAGUAUUUGAGCAUAACUCUAAAAGCUUCAGAGAUGCCUGGUUGGCAGAAAUUAUUUGUCAGUUUGAAAAGCGAUGAGCGUCGUGUUUCAUUUGUACACAAACUUUUAAAAGAACGUUGAUAAAUCUUGAAUACUCAUCCACUGAGAUGUUGAGAAAUUAGGAAAUAGUUAGAGAUGUUAGGGUUGCAAAACA